ACCAUUUUUUUUUUUUUUUUUUCGGUACGCGGGCCUCUCACUGUUGUGGCCUCUCCUGUUGCGGAGCACAGGCUCCGGACGCGCAGGCCCAGCGGCCAUGGCUCACGGGCCCAGCCACUCCGCGGCAUGUGGAAACUUCCCAGACCGGGGCACGAACCCGUGUCCCCUGCAUCGGCAACCACUGCGCCACCAGGGAAGCCUGCCUCCCACCAUUUUGUCUUCUGCUCUCCCUUCUUUAAUUUUUCUCUUCUCUCUUCUGCCAGACUCCCUGCCCAGUCCUUGGCCUGAUGCCUGACUCCUUUUGUUCUCCCUAACCCUGUUCCCCUUCCUCCAUCCUUUCCUCUCGCCCUAUGAAUGUAGCGAAGGAAACAUGGCAAAAUUAUCCUACCGAGUGCAAAGUGAAGUGGAUCUUGGAAGCUGGAUAGUUUCAGCGAAAAAAUAAACAAAAUCACCUGCCUUAUCCAAAUAAUGGAGGUGAAAUAAGGGUUUCAGCUUGAACUGUGCAAAUAGUAGGUUCGACUUUUCAGUUUUCACACACAAACCUAACCCUUUACUCCCUCUUCCCUUUGAACUGGGACAGCAUGGCUGUGUUCACUUUCACAGAGCACUAAGGAAGCCUUCUGGAGAACCCCGCAUGAUGAAGUUAAAGGGCAAACUGGGAUAAUUAUAAUGACAGGAAAAUACAAGAGCAGAGGGCAGUUCAAGCCAUGGUUUGGAAACAUCUCACCCUAGAAUAAUGAGAAGUGAGGAGGAGUCCGGGCAGGCGAGGAAUCCAAAUGAGGUCCUGGCCUCCCACCCACUCCUCUCACCCCAGCCUCCAGUCCAGGGCUGGCCUGAUCCACAUUCUGUCCACAGUCUGCUUUAAACCAUGGAUUUUAUCUCCAAACAUUUGCAUUUCUACAGCAGCAGAGGCAUAAUUCUCUACCCAGAAGUUCCAACUACAAAGAUUCAGGCACCUGAACAAAGCAGUGAAUGCGCUCCCCAGCCAAGGCCUCACAGAGCGGGAACCGGAGGAGCAAGAGGCCUGUGUGCACUGGCUCCUGCUUCUCUGUUGCCACCUAGUGGUGCUUCUCCCUCCAACACCAUUUUUUAUUCCAAAGAUACUUCAUCCUGACCCACAGCUCUGCUCUCUAUCUGCUAAAAUGAUGUCCCCUGACCUCAAAACAAACACGCAUCUUCCUGACUCAAAAUCCUAACUUCUGGACCGGAACAUGAACUGUAUGACCCAUAUGGUUUGCGUGGGCCUCUCUGCAGUCACAUCCAUGCAACAGCCAGGAGAUUUUUUUUUUUUUUUUUUUUUUUUGGCUGCGUUGGGUCUUCGUGGCUGCACGUGGGCUUUCUCUAGUUGCGGAGAGCGGGCUCUAGGCGUGCGGGCUUCAGUAGUUGUGGCACGUGGGCUCAGUAGUUGUGGCUCGUGGGCUGUAGAGCGCAGACUCAGUAGUUGUGGUUCACGGGCUUAGUUGCUCCGCGGCAUGUGGGAUCUUCCCAGACCAGGGCUCAAACCCGUGUCCCCUGCAUUGGCAGGCAGACUCUCAACCACUGCGCCACCAGGGAAGUCCGACAGUCACGGUAUUUUUAAACAGAUAGGGCUUUUACUCCUCCUCUUUUUUUUUUUUUUUUUUUUGGCCAUGCCGCACGGCUUGUGGGAUCUUGCAGGAUCCCAGUUCCCUAACCAGGGAUUGAACCCGGGCCAUGGCAGUGAAAACCUGGAAUCCUAACCACUAGACCAUCAGGAAACUCCCUUUAUUCCUCUGCUUAGAACCCUCCUAGGGCUCCCCACUGUGUGCACAGCAAAACUCCUAAUGGUCUCUGAGGCUUCCCAUGAUCUGGCCUCUGGUCCCUCUCCGACCCCAUCACUCAUCCGCUCCAGCCACACUGGACUCCUUACUGUCCCUCCAACUCCCCAGGCAUCCAUCUGCUUUAGGGCCUUUACAGUGCUGUCCUCUAUGCUUGGAGCAUUCUUCCCCAGACAAGCGUAAGUUCACUCUCACCUUGAAAUCUUUGUCCCAGAGUCACCUACUUUAAUGACCCUAUUUAAAAAUCACUGCCUGAACACUCUUUGACAUAAAUCGCAGCAAGAUCUUUUUUACCACCUCCUAGAGUAAUGAAAAUAAAAACAAAAAUAAACAAAUGGGGCCUAAUGAAACUUAAAAGCUUUUGCACAGCAAAGGAAACCAUAAACAAGACGAAAAAAUCCUCAGAAUGGGAGAAAAUAUUUGCAAAUGAAGCAACUGACAAGGGACUAAUCUCCAAAAUAUACAAACAGCUCAUGCAGCUCAAUAUCAAAAUAACAAACAACCCAAUCAAAAACUGGGAGGAAGACCUAAAUAGACAUUUCUCCAAAGAAGACAUACAGAUAGCCAACAAACACAUGAAAAGAUGCUCAACAUCACUAAUUAUUAGAGAGAUGCAAAUCAAAACUACAAUGAGGUAUCACCUCACACUGGUCAGAAUGGCCAUCAUCAAAAAAUCACAAACAGUAAAUUCUGGAGAAGGUGUGGAGAAAAGGGAACCCUCUUACGCUGUUGGUGAGAAUGUAAAUUGAUAUAGCCACCAUGGAGAACAGUAUGGAGGUUCCUUAAAAAACUAAAAAUAGAAUUACCGUAUGAUCCAACAAUCCAACUCCUGGGCAUAUACCCGGAGAAAACCAUAAUUCAAAAAGAUACAUGCACCUUAAUGUUCAUUGCAGCACUAUUUACAAUAGCCAGGACAUGGAAGCAACCUAAAUGUCCAUCAACAGAGGAAUGGAUAAAGAUGAUGUGGUACACAUGUACAAUAGAAUAUUACUCAGCCAUAAAAAGGAACAAAAUUGUGCCAUUUGCAAAGACAUGGAUGGAUCUAGAGACUGUCAUACAGAAUGAAGUAAGUCAGAAAGAGAAAAACAAAUAUUGUAUAUGAAUGCAUAUAUGUGGAAUCUAGAAAAAUGAUAUAGAUGAACCUAUCUGCAAAGCAGAAAUAGAGACACAGAUGUAGAGAACAAAUGUAUGGAUACCAAGGGAGGAAGGGAGGGGUGGGAUGAAUUGGAGACUGGGAUUGACAUAUAUACACUACUAUGUAUAACAUAGAUGACUAAUGAGAACCGACUGUAUAGCACAGGGAACUCUACUCACUGCUCUGUGGUGACCUACAUGGGAAGGAAAUCCAAAAAAGAGGGAUUAUAUGUAUAAGUAUAGCUGGUUCACAUUGCUGUACAGUAGAAACGAACACAAUACCAUAAAGCAACUAUACUCCAAUGAAAAAUAAAUAAAAAUAAAAAUCACUGCCUACCAAUCUCCAUUUGUUCUUUUUUCCUUAGCAAUGGUGUAUUUUUUACUGCCUUUCCUCCAAUGAAAUGUAAGGAUUCCAAAGGUAGGGAUUUUUGUAUCUUUUAUUCACUGAUAUAUCCCAAGCACCGUGGCCCAUAGUAGAUGCUCAAUAAAUAUUGACUACGUGAAUGAACCUGAACCCACUAUUCUGAGACCACCUACUACUUACAGGUGAAACCUGAAAACAAGAACACUGUUCACCUCAGUUUUCCAGGCCUUCCCAUCCACAGAUGGUGAUGCUUCUCUUCCUCAGUGUCUCAGUUCUUCUGAGUCUCCCAUGCCAAGCUCACUGGAGCCGCCGGAGCAGCACGGACCCAAGCUCUCCACACAACUGUAACUGCCACAAGGAACGGGGAAUACACAGUAGAGGAAGGUCUAGGCUGGCUGUACAGCACACCACCACCAAGAGCAUUUUCAAAUUAGGACACUAAGCGUUGCAAAUUUUAAUAAAGUAGUAAGGGAAAGAGUGAAGGGUGACAGGUGUUGGGCGCCAUCUCCAGGUAAAGCCAGAUGACCUUGCUUGACCCUGGAACGGGAGGGACCCAGAGGGAUGAAUCAUUGUAGAAUAGCUGAGGUGGGAUGGUGCUGCGCCUUGUGACUCUGGUGAUUGGUCCACUUCCCUGUCUCCUCCAUCUCCUCCAAAAGCUCAGCAGUAAGUCCUGAUGACAGGAAGUAACUUUCUAGGCUAUUCCAUCUUUAUCUCGGAUCAGAAAAAGCAAUCCUUACCACCACGGUGAUUGGCUCUUCCCAGAAUCAGAACCAGAGGUGUAUAUAGGAGAUGAUAAAUGACAGCUCUCAUUCGGGGUUGACACCUGAGUCAGGUGCAUUAUUAGUCAUUAGAACCAUGUGGCUAGGGACCAGGUCUAGCCUUUGAGUGUGAGGAUUCAGGCUUCAGGCAUCCUCACUGCUGAAGAUGUUUAGGCAGAUGUACCAGCUCCACAGGUAUCCACUUACUUGGGACACGUAAGUGAAGAGACAUGAACCUGACUCAUUUCCUGAUCCACGGCUACUCCCCAGCCUGCCCCCAAACAGAAGCACCACAAGCCAGGCCAGCUCUUAAGGAGUUCGGUGGUGAGAAGAGGCCCUCAGAGAUCUGAGGCCCAGCGGAAGGCAGGUGCGUCCCGGUGAGCAGAAGCCACAACACGAGGAUUUGGGGAGGAGAGACCCCAGCCCUCCUUUCUGACUGUUCCCCCUAAGAGAGAUGGUACCAGCCAGAGCAGGAUUCUGCCCUCUGCUGCUGUUCCUGCUGCUGGGCCUGUGGAUGGCCGACGACCCAGUCGGUGCUAAGCCCGGAAACAUGACCUCAGCUCGGUGGUUUGAAACUCAGCACGUGCAGCCCAGGCCUCAGAGAUGCAACACGGCGAUGCAAAACAUCAACAAGUACUCCAAUCGCUGCAAAGACCUCAACACCUUCGUGCAUGAAUCCUUCUCCGGUGUGGCCGCCACUUGUCAGACGCCCAGCAUAACCUGCAAGAGAGGCCGUAAAAACUGCCACCGGAGCCAGAAGCCUGUAUCCCUGACCAUGUGUAACCUCACCUCAGGGAGGCCAGACUGCAGGUACAAGGAGAAGCAACUGAAUGCUCCUUACAUCGUGGCCUGUGACCCUCCCCAGAAAGGGGACUCUAGGAAAUUCAAGCUGGUUCCUGUCCACCUGGACGAUGUUCUUUAGGUUUCCAGCCAGCCGCGUGCUUGGGCCGCUCCUUAAAUCCCUCUGCAGGCCUCUGGACCACUCCUCCUCAGCCCAGAAGGUUCUCUUCUGACAUCUCUUGGGGCCCUUCCUAGCUCAGGCUCCUCUGAGAGGGUGGGACUGUGGGGAGUUGAGGUGAUACAUGAGUAGGCUAAACUCCAGAAGAGAUGGCGAUCUCUCAACUUUUCAUUGCUGUUUUUUCAUUAGCUUAGGGGUGUGGGUUCCUUGGUCUGUGCCUCCUACAUCUUUCCCCUACCCCAUCUUCUCACGGCAGCAUGACGAGAGGAGGAAAGAAAUGGAAAAGGAGUGUAGGGGAUUUAUGGCAAGAGCCACUCCUAUUCCUAAAUUAGGCCUCUUCCCCAGCUCUGAUUGGCAGUGACGUGGCUUGUGGGCAGGGAGGUGGCCUGAAGGGAAGAAGACAAAGCAGCACCACUUCAUAUUUACAUAGCAUUUCACGCUUUUUACAGUGUGUCCACGUGACUCCCUUGUGAGAUAGACAUGACUAGGAUUACUCAUCUUCUUUAGGGAUGAGGACGUUGAGAUUGCAGAAAGAGUUGUUAAUUAAAGAGCUUGUCAGCUUGGUUAGUAGCAGCAGCUGGACUUUAAAGUAGAAAGCGCACUUUCUACUUUACCGCUGGGCGGAAAAGGAGAGUCCUCUGCAGGGACCACAGGGGAACCAGGUAAGAUCUCCCCCGUGAAACAAUGUCCCGAGAGCUCUGAAGAGCCAGUUACCCCAUGUCGGCUGCAGUAAAGGUCAUUACCGCUCUAGCCAAGGGACUGUUUAUGAGCUGCUCCAAGGAUUCUAAUUCUCUCUCUCUCUCUGCCCCACCCCACCUCUCUGCCGUCCCCCUUCUCUAGUCCACUGCUCUUCCUUCCGGGGCCCUGGGCCUGGCUCUAGCUUGAUUGCCUAUAGCCCUGAAGGCACAGUGUCAGGGGAGUGUCCCAACUUCAUCCCCCUGCUCCGGGAUCACAUUUCCCUUGACCUCAAGGGACUUCGUGGCCCAGUGCCCGCUUGUCACAAACAAGCUGGUGGGAGCUGCCAGAGCUUCCUUCCUCCCGAUAAAUGAUCUCUCCUGCCUUGGUGCUUCCCUGGCUCUCUGCUCUGGCAAUCCGCCCAGGCCGGAGGGGUUGAGAUGUGGAAAUGCCAUCUCCCCGUCCUCCCCCCCACCCCUCCAAACCCCGGCUGCAGACACCACUUCUCCCUUCCUGGUGAGCAGAACUGGAGAAGCUAUGGCUUUAUGUAGACUCGGUCCUGAUAGCUUCCCACUCCUAGCCCACACCCAGCAUUGCCUGCAGCCUUGACCAUCUCCAGCCCUUUCUCUCUUCCUUAAUCUCAGUCCCAGACAAACUGCACUAAGCCCAUGCCCGCCCCACGCCCACCCUACUUGAGCACCCAAAUACUACCUUGUUAGACCUUCCCUUCCCAGCUGUGGAGUCUACUCUCUACCUAUCCCUCUCCCACACUCCAGCGCUCCCUUAUGCCUUACCAGAGUCAGAGUAAGCUUUGGAGCCAGAUACCAUUGGGUGUAAAUCUUGGCUCAGUCCUUUGUGGCUACAUGACCUCAAGAAAACUGCACCUCUUUGCAACUAUGUUUCCAUGUAUGGGAGUAAUACUACCUACCCAACAGGAUUUCAGGAAGAUUUAGAAAUGACAUUUAUGAGGCCUUAGUCAAGCCCCGGCACUGAUAAGCAUUCAAUAAUGAUAGUUAGCUAUGGUAACAGUAGCAAUAGCCCUGUCCAGUCAUAUUCACCUUUGGCAAACACGCAGAUACCCCUUUGGCAAAUACCCCAUUCAAUUCUCCUUGAGGUCUUUCUUCUGCUAGAAUGAUGUUUAUGAGUAGGCUGGAGAAUAAGUCUGCAGGCAGAGUCCUGCUAGGUGGGCUGGGUGGUUUGAGAUGGUGAGGAGAGAAGGUAGGGAAGGGAUGAUGAAAAGAAAGGGGAGCAGAGCAUUGAACAAUUCAAUUCAAGCAGAGUGAGGGGCCAAUACGUUGAUGAGUCUUGAAAGUAGAGGGACAAUAAAUAUACUUUAUAGUCAAAUGCCAAAUGACUGAAUGUAAAAUCUAUAUAUCCUGUGGUCACUGUAGUGGGCAUUUAUCAUUCUAAAUACAUGAUUUUCAACUGAGGUGCAUAGAAAACCAAGUCUCUUAGGGGUAGCUGAUUUUUCUUUUCACUUUAUUCUUUCUUCACAACUCUUUUUUUUAUUCUUUAUUGAUGAUAUUUCUUAUGGGUGUUAUGGUUUUGGAGACAUCCUCCUCACAAACUUUUUAAGUGGCUAAAAUUAUGCUUUUUUUUUUUUUUUGCGGUACACGGGCCUCUCACUGUUGUGGCCUCUCCCGUUGCGGAGCACAGGCUCUGGACGCACAGGCUCAGCGGCCAUGGUUCACGGGCCCAGCCGCUCCGCAGCAUGUGGGAUUUUCCUGGACUGGGGCACGAACCCGUGUCCCCUGCAUCAGCAGGCGGACUCUCAACCACUGCGCCACCAGGGAAGCCCUAAAAUUAUGCUUUUAAUGUAUCCUCUCGAAAUAAGAAGAAUUUCCAAAUAUGGCUUUUUCUUGAAAUACUCAUGAUCUAAAUAGUAUUAAAUAACUUAACAUUAAACAUAAUUCUAAAGCAAUCUAUGGUGUGGUGAUAGCGGUCAGAAUAGGGGUAACCUUGGGAAGCGCUAACUGGCAAGGUGUAGGAGGUAAGCUGGAGAUGUUCUAUUCUUGCUCUAGAUAUGUUUACUUUGUGAAAACUCAUUGAGCUGUACACUUAAGAUUUGUGUACUUUACUGUAAGCAAAUUAUACCUCAAUUUAAAAAUCUUCCUAAAAAAGUACAGUUUUUAAGGAUUAGUUUGUUUAACAUGAGAAAUGCUAAUAUAUCAAUUCACAAAGAUUAUAAUAUAAUGAAAUCAUGGACUCAUGAUCUAAUCUAAUUUCUAUUGUUCUGCUUUGUACUAUUUGUUAAAUUAAAUAGUAGUUGUGCUAAUUAUUAAAUUGUUGUAAAUAUUUUUGGUUCAAAAAGUAUAUAAGGUUUUUUUCCUAAAGUUAUCCAGCUAAUCCAUGUUCUUCUAUUAGUUGUAUAACUGUCAACUAAUUUUCCUAUUUAACUAUGUGAAAAUUCUUAAUAAAAUUUAUAUGUAGUAUAAGCUUUUACAACCAUUAAUUAUUACAACAUUUUUCUUAAAAUAAUAAAUAUGCAUUUAUAUUUCCCCUGA